UAGGUCUGCCGCUUAGCGGGUGCAACUUUGGGCAGAUGUCUUAAACAUUCAGCGACCGUUUCUUCAGUUAAAACUUUAGGAAUACGACAGUAGUGAAGUGUAAAUGCGAUUUCUCUUGCAAGGGCUUAGCUAGUCGCCGCGCGUAGUAGGUAGUCAGCACAUGGUACACAUCCACUUCUCUUUAGAUCAUAAACCUUCAGUAUAAUGAUUUGAAAGUUGAUACACAUUCCUUUCCACACGAACACGACCUUGCACUAUCAGGAAGAGCAUGCUGAAGGAGAGGGUCAUGGACUUGGUCACCCAGACGACCAUCCUGCCCCUGCUGUUUGGCUGCCUGGGGAUUUUCAGCCUCUUCCGGGUACUACAGCGGAUCCGCUCAAGGGCUCACCUGAGGGAUGCUGUGGUGGUGGUUACAGGUGCCACGUCAGGGCUCGGCAGAGAAUGUGCCAGAGUCUUCCAUGCUGCGGGGGCAAAGCUGGUGCUCUGUGGUCGAAAUGUGGAAGCCCUUGAAGCCCUCACCAGUGAACUUGCUGGUUCUCGUACCUCCCAGGGACAGACGUACAAACCCUACACAGUGACCUUCGACCUCACAGAUCCUGAGGCUAUUGCUGCAGCAGCAGCUAAGAUCCUCCAGUGCUUUGGCUAUGUGGACAUCCUCAUCAACAAUGCUGGGGUCAGCUACCGCGGUGCCAUCAGUGACACCAUAGUGGACGUGGACAGGAAGGUGAUGGAGAUAAAUUACUUUGGCCCUGUUGCACUAACAAAAGCACUCCUGCCCUCCAUGGUCAAGAGGAAGCAAGGCCACAUCGUCGCCAUCAGCAGCGUCCAGGGCAAGAUCAGCAUUCCUUUUCGAUCAGCAUAUGCAGCCUCCAAGCAUGCCACCCAGGCAUUCUUUGACUGUCUGCGUGCUGAGAUGGAGCAGGAUGGCAUCAAGGUGACUGUAAUAAGCCCUGGAUACAUCUAUACCAAUCUCUCUGUAAAUGCUGUCACUGCCGAUGGCUCCAGAUACGGAGCUCUAGACAAGAACACAGCCCAGGGCAGAAGCCCUGCAGAGGUGGCCCAGGAUGUCCUUGCUGCCGUGGGGAAGAAGAAAAAGGAUGUGAUCUUGACUGACUUAUUGCCAUUCUUGGCCGUCUAUCUCAGAACUCUGGCUCCUGGGAUUUUCUUCAGAAUCAUGGCCUCUAGGGCCAGAAAAGAGCGGAAAUCCAAGAACUCGUGAUGUUGGUCAGAGCUGCUAGCCUGGAUCAGCCUGAUCAGCCUGAGUACCACCCGUUCCUGGGCUGGGAUUGUUCUGUAAGGGAUUCAUGGCUGAGACCUGACGGGCUGUCUUGCACUCUAAGAUGGACAGAAGCACUUCUGUUCUCUCUGGGGGUGGGUUAGCCUGUUAGAACUAAAAUGUGGAGUUUGGCUGGGACCCUACAGAUAUAAAAUAAAUGACUGAACAGUAGGUCAGAGUUCUCGGUAGAAGAGCCACAUGUCCUCUGAGGCCUGGACCUGCCAGAUUCCAGAAGUUCUUCUGGAGGUUUGGGCACUAGGUCUCCUCACUGCACCAACUCCAUAUCUGUUUUUUUGGUUUGCUGUUUUUUUCUGAGACAGGAUUUCUCUUGUGUAGCCCUGGCUGUCCUGGAACUCCCUCUGUAGGCAAGGCUGGCCUCAAACUCGGAGAUCAGCCUGCUUCUGCCUCCAAAGUGCUGGGAUUAAAGGUGUGCACCACCACCGUCCAGCCACCUUUGACUUAUUGAAAAUGGAUUCACUGAGCAGGUCAACUUCAUUUCCAAGUUUAGAAAGAGAUUUUUCCUGUUACAGAGACUGACAGCUGAAAUCAUAGGAAGUCCAUUGGACAUUUCCCCAAAUCAAAGUAAAUCUCCCACAUAAAGCUGUCGUCUUCACUCAGCUCUGGGCCUGCCAAACUGCCUUUUAAGAUCACUUAAUAGAUAAAGGUCUGCUCUUAGCUCACUCCCCCUCUCAUCCAUCAGCCAACGUAGGUCCCCAUCCCUUUCACUUCUAUUUUAAUGCAUAUCAUUUUAAGUGGCCGUAUGAAAUUUAGGAACAACAAACUAGGAAACAUGUGAUACUUACUUUCUGAGACUGGUUAAUUCAUGAUAUUGUCUCUUGUUGGGUUCAUUUUUCCACAAAUGUAUAAGACUUCAUUCUUUGUGGCUGAAGAAAGCCUUAUCUCUGUUUCGCAUCUGAUGCUGGAGACCUAGGCUGGUGGCAUAGCUUAGCCGUUGUGAACAGUGCUUCAGUGCACACUGCUGACGGGUGUCACUGACUACGUCCUUGAGGUGAACAUCAGGGAGUGGUAUAGUAUGUGACAGAUCUAGAGUGUUGGUUGUUUUUGUUUGCUUGUUUUUUUGAGACCAGGUUUCUCUGUAGCUUUGGAGCCUCUCUUGGAAUUAGCUCUUCCAUGCUGGCCCCAAACUCAGAGAUCCACCUGCCUCCACCUGUGUUGGAACUAAAGGCAUGCCACUACCACUACCUGGCCAGAUCUAUGGUGUUAUGAGAAACAUUCAUACUGGUUUCUGUGAGGUCACAGUAGUUUAGAUUCUAUUCAGCAGUGCAUGAGGGUCCCCUUUUAUCUACACCCAAGUCAGCAUUUGCUGAUUUUUUUCCUGAUCUUUUGAGAUGGGGUCUCUAUAUAGCCCCUGGCUGUCCUGGAACUCCCUCUGUAGACCAAGUUGGCCUUGAACCCAGAGAUCCACCUGCCUCUGCCUCCCGAGUGCUGGGAUUAAAGGUGGCACCACCACUGCCCAGUGCAUUUGCUGUUUUGUCGUCCCCCCCCCACUUUUUCUUAACAGUUUGAGUUCCGCAUCUUACAUGGAAGUAUCUCAUUUGGAAUUGACUUGUGCAGGGUGAGAUGAAAAUCUGGUUUCAUUCUUGACCAUGUGGAUGCUCAGGCCUCAAAGCACCAUUUGUACAUUUUUGACAUCUUCGUAAAAAAUGGUUUUUAAUCUGUGUCUUUUAUUUUGUUCCAUUAAUCUAUGUCUGUGUUCAAUGCCAAUACUGUGCCGUUUUUGUUACUAUGACUCUGUAAUAUAACUUUAAGUCGGGGGACUGGAGCGAUGGCUCAGAGGUUAAGAGCACUGGCUGUUCUUCCAGAGUCUUGAGUUCAAUUCUCAGCAACCACAUGGUGGCUCACAACCAUCUAUAAUGAGAUCUGGCGCCCUCUUCUGGUGUGCAGGCAGAACAGUGUAUACUGAAGUCAUUUAUGGUGUUAACUGCCCACAUUUACUUUUUUAAAAUAAUUUUUUAACUUUUUAUUUUUUUGUAUUUAUUUAUUUAUUGUGUAUACAAUAUUCUGUGUGCAUACCUGCAGCCAGAAGAGAGCACCAGACCUCAUUACAUAUGGUUGCGAGCCACCAUGUGGUUGCUGGGAAUUGAACUCAGAACCUUUGGAAGAGCAGGCAAUGCUCUUAACCUCUGAGCCAUCGCUCCAGCCCUUAACUAUUUAACUUCAUUUUAUGCGCAUUGAUGUGAAGGUGUCAGAUCUCGUGGAACUGCAUUUUCAGACAGUUGUGAGCUGCCAUGUGGGUGCUGGGAAUUGAACCUGGGUCCUCUGGAAGAGCAGUCAGUGCUCUUAACCGCUGAGCCAUUUCUCCAGCCCCCCACAUUUACUUUUUUAAAGAUUACUUUGGCUAUCUGGGUUCUCUCUCUCUCUGUGCUUCCAAGGUUAGUUUUUCUAGUUUUUAUUUUAGUGCAAUUGCAUUGACUCUGUAGCUAUCAUUUGAUACGGUGGCCAGUUUCCUUCCUUCCCUCCCAGACUGUAUCUCAGUCUGGCCUCAGACUCACUGUCUCACUGUGGUAAGGAUGGCUUUUAACUCCCCCCUUUUCAGGACAAGGUUUCUCUGUAGUCUUAGACCCUGUCCUGGAAUUAGCUGUGGUAGACCAGGCUGGCCUUGAACUCACAGAGAUCCACCUGCCUCUGCCUCCCGAGUGCUGGGAUUAAAGGUUCACCACUGCCUGGUGGCUUUUAACUUCCAAUCCUCCUACCCUUCCUUCUCAAGUUUCUAUGCAUGUGUCACUAUGCCAAUUUAUGGAAUGGUUAAGAUCAGACCUAGGGGCCUCAUGCAUGCUAGGCAGUCAUUUACAAACUGAAUUACAUCCAUAACCCCAAACAGUCAUUUUUACAUUAAUUCUCCUAGCCCAUUAAGAAUGAAGAUCCUAGCUGGGCGGUGGUGGUGCACACCUUUAAUUCCAGCACUCGGGAGGCGGAGGCAGAGGCAGGCAGAUCUCUGAGUUCGAGGCCAGCCUGGUCUACAAGAGCUAGUUCUAGGACAGGCACCAAAACUAGAGAAACCUUGUCUUGAAAAAGACAAACAAAUAAAUAAAAAUGG